GUCAGUUUCUGUCCGAAUCAUUUAAAAGUGUAUUGUUUGAAGAUAAGUAGUUUAUUUACGGCAAUCGAAUCGAUGGUACGCAGACUGUGGUAAAGAUGAAUCCAGUAAUUGCGAAAAAUAUUUUGUUGUUCCUGUUUAUAACGCAGUUUUAUUUGGAAGAAACAUUUGCCUCAGUUUUAUUUAAUAAGUUGUCCACUUACAAAAAAGACGGAAGCAAUCACAAGGAUUUGGAAGGAGCAUUUUCUGAAUUAACUGCGGAUCAGCCCUUUGUUAAAGCGUCUUAUGACAAAUUUAAUGAAGACAAAUAUGCCACCAUUUGCUGGAAUGAGAGAACUACUUUGCAUAUUUUCAAGAAUGGCACCAAUUAUGGUUACACUGAGUACUCAAUUAGCUUGGAAGCUUCGACACAAUUAGCACCAAAUAAAUCUGAAACUUCUGGAGCGGAAGUUUAUGAAAUCACGGACAAUGACACAAAAAAAUCUCGCCAAUUAGUUUUUGUAACAGUGCAAAGUACCGAACUCGAGACAAUUAAGCAAAAUCUCACUGUAAUGUGCAGGUCCGGUAAAGGUUUUUCUAAAUCAUUUAUUGAUUAUCCUGAAAGAAAACGAGUGGAAAUUAAGCUGAAACCACUUUUUCAAAAUCUUGAAAGUGGGACAAGUAGCAAAUAUAACAUACAUUCAAGCAAACACUCGAUUGAAAUAAAAACCUCAUUAGACCCAUCAGACUCUAAAGGACCUCUUGCACCACGAAUGUUUUCUCCGACUUUAAACAAUAUGCAAGAUUCAAACUCUAAAUUAAAAGCUACCGAAGGAGUUGGACCAAGAAUGAUGUCUACAAGUGACGCAAGCAAGACUGCUGAAAACGCUGCGAAGUCGCCACAAGAUUCAGACAUCACAAUGUUACCCAGAAUGUUAUUUACGAAUAAAAAUAAGCAGGAAAUUUCAAGCUCGAAGGAUUCCGCAUCUACUCCAGACCCAGAAUCAAAAAUAUCACCAAGAAUUUUGCCUGGCAAUGGAAAUUUGCAACCAAAAAAAACACAAGACAAUGCAGCAAGCUCUCAACAAAAAAAUACAGUUACAUCCCCACAAGUUCCUUCACAAAAUCAGGAUUUAAAUAAAUCGAAAACAGUUAAAGUUGAAAGUGCUACUAAAGUCACUGAUAAAACCAAAUCAAACAUAGACGUUUCCAAACCUGCAUCAAGUUCAGUUUUACAAAAAACUGAGAUAAAGUCUUCACCCGCAAAAAUUUCUAAGCCAGAAUCUGAAAAAAUUAAAGAAUCUUCUAAAAGUUCUGAGACAAAGAUAACACACAGAAUUUUACCUACGGUUGAAAAUGCGCAACAAACAAAAUCUCCUCAUCUAGAAUCUACAAAGACAAUAGAGUCUCUACCGAGUUUAGAGGUCAAAACGUCACCAAAAAAUUCACCCAAGAGCCAGAAUCUACAACAGUCAACUUCUCAGGCUAAACCUGAAAAAACUACCCUUAGUUCCAAUCCUGCGCCAGUAGUUAAAAAUCCAGAAGCGAAACAAGAAGAGAUAAACUCAAAAUCGGCUCCAACUACUCAGUCCGAAGAAAAGACACAAAAUUCUCAACAAAAAGAAAUGACUCAUCCAGCUGCACAAGCACCAAAAACUGUCCCUCAAAAUCAAGAUUUGCAAGUAAAAACAGCAAAAGUAGAUGGAGUAGAGCCCAAAAAAAUCUCUAAAAACGAUGCUGAGAAAAAUAAAUCAAAUGCAAACACAACAAAAGAUUCACAGACCAACAAAUCUUCAUCAAUUUCUAAGCUUGCAACAUCACCAAAAAUACGAACAAAAGUAAUCGGUCCAACAAUAAUACCAAUAUCACUUAGAAUGGAAACUGAGAAAAAGAAUUUGCAUCGAGAAAAAUCAAACAUAGCAUUGUUACCAGCUGAGAAAACUGAUCCAGCAGCAAAAACGAAACCUUCAGAAGCUUCUGCAGAAAAUUCUGCAAAAUUGCCUGAUCAGAAUAAAGAUUUGGAGCAAGGAAAGCCAAACGCUACACCUCCCACGAAACUGGAUUUGUAUUCAAUUUUUCCUAAAUCGCUUCAAGAUUAUAUAACAAGUAUUAAAAAUAAGAUAACUAACAAAAAUUCGCCUCAAACCAACAACUCCCAAAAUUCUGCUAAAGACAAUCAAAGUACGAAAACUUCUGAAAAAGACAACACACAAGACAAUUUAAAUACGAAAACUUCUGAAAUAGAUAACACACAAAUGUCGUUACGAAUGAUGCCGUCAGACUACGAAGAUGAAGUUGCCCACAUUAUUUCAGUCCCAAACAACUACAAGGAGUUGGAAAUUGAAGACCAACUAAGUGAUCACAUGAUUGAAGAUCCCAGCUUUCAAAAUUUUUAUGCACAACACAGUUCAAGUUUCGAACAAACUGGUGAAGAAGGAAAUGUCGGGACGCAACUUGUGAAUUGUAAAAACGGAAAGGUGACCGUCAAGUUAAACAUGGACAUACUGAAAGGAAAUUCGAAAGUGAAAAACAUUGCGAAGGAAAUUCAGUUUGACAUUAACCACCCUCUCGAAGCCAAAAACAGACACUUUGACGAUCAGUUGAGAGCUUUGGUUCGUAAUUAUUUAGGCGAUGAUUUAUAUCUGAAAAACUGCGUUGGGAGUGAAAAUUCUCCACUAGAGAUUGAAGCCAUGCCACGUUCUUUGCAAGCCAACCAAAAAGAGGAAGCCACGGCGGUAAAUUUACCAAAACCGUUCCAAAAUAGUGGAGUACCACAAGCCAGGCAUUCAGACCCGGAUGAAGACAUUGAUUAUGAAACUAGACCAUUUUACGCCAUAUCUCCCUACAGCCCAGUAAAAACUUUCUACGUGGACGAAACCGGUGUGUACCAUGUGGUACCCUACAACCACCAACCCAACCAACCUUCAUUGCUCCAACGUUUAUCAAAUAAUCUCAAAACAGUCUUCCGUAAAUUAACUCCGACAGAUAGCUAUAGUUAUGUGUAGUCAUUUAUCUUAUCAAUUAAAAUAAAAAUGCAGUUGUUUAAA